AUGGAGAUUAAGUUGGUCUUGGGGGAUUUUAUGUUCCAUGUAUGUAGUUUUUAUGUGCUUAUGAUAGGCUUGGAAAAGGAGGUGAAGGUGAGAUUUUGGGAAGAAUUAGAUGAGGUGGUGAGAAGCGUUCCUAGUGCAGAGAAGAUCAUCAUAGCAGGGGACUUUAAUGGGCACAUUGGGGUCCUCUCUAGAGGCUAUGAUUUGCAUGGUGGUUUUGGCUUUGGUGUUAGAAAUAGUGAAGGAGCGGCCCAAUUGGAUUUUGCGAGGGCCUUUGAGUUGGUGGUUGUGAACUCGAGUUUCUCGAAGAAGGAGGAUCACCUAAUUACCUUCUAA